AUGUCAUUUUUUUGGUGUUUUAAAAGUGCAUUUCUCUUAGUUGUCGUAUUAACUAAUACAUUAACCGUUGCUAGUAAAUAUUCUGUUGAAGAUUAUCAACCUACUCAAAUUCAUAUUGCUUUUGGAAACACCGUGAGUGACAUAGUCGUAACUUGGGUCACUACUUCAAAAACGAAACAUUCGGUUGUUGAAUACGGAUUAAAUGGUUUAAUCGAUAGAGCCGAAGGAAAUCAAACAUUAUUUCGUGAUGGUGGAAAAUUGAAACGAAAGUUUUAUAUUCACAGAGUUCUUUUACCGAAUUUAAUUGAAAACGCGACUUAUGAAUAUCAUUGUGGAAGUAAUUUGGGUUGGUCAGAGCUUUUAUUUUUUCGAACAUCUCCAAAAGGUUCAGAUUGGUCACCCUCAUUUGCUAUUUAUGGUGAUAUGGGAGCUGUUAAUGCACAGUCUCUUCCAUUUCUACAAACAGAAGCUCAAUCAGGAAUGUAUAAUGCCAUUUUUCAUGUGGGCGAUUUUGCUUAUGAUUUAGACUCUGAUAAUGGUGAAAUCGGAAAUGAAUUCAUGAGGCAAAUACAACCAAUAGCGGCUCAUGUACCAUACAUGACUGCCGUUGGAAAUCAUGAAGAGAAAUAUAAUUUUUCACACUACAGAAACAGAUUUUCAAUGCCUGGCGAUACUCAAGGUUUAUUUUAUAGUUUUAAUAUUGGUCCAAUACAUUUUGUCGUUUUUUCAACAGAGUUUUAUUAUUUUCUAAAUUAUGGUGUUAACUCUUUAAUAACCCAGUAUAAUUGGCUUCGUAAGGAUCUCAAAGAAGCUUCUGCUCCUGAAAAUAGAACUGUAAGACCUUGGAUUAUAACUUUAGGUCACAGGCCAAUGUACUGUUCAAAUGAUGAUAAAGAUGAUUGCACUUUUAUAGCAGAUUCAGUUCGCGUUGGACUUCCUCCAUUUAUAUCAUUCGGAUUAGAAGAUUUAUUUUAUAGGUAUGGAGUUGAUGUUGAAAUAUGGGGACAUGAGCAUAGUUAUGAAAGGACUUGGCCUUUAUAUAAUUACAAAAUUUAUAAUGGCAGCACUGGUGUAAAUCCUUACCAUAAUCCUGGAGCUCCUGUACAUAUUAUAACUGGAUCAGCUGGUUGUAAUGAAUAUGUGGAUCAUUUUAAAAGUAAACUUGGAGAUUGGUCAGCUUUCCAUAGCUCUGAUUAUGGAUACACUCGUAUGAAAGCUUAUAAUAAAACUCAUUUAUAUUUUGAACAAGUUUCCGUUGAUAAAGAUGGUUUGGUGAUUGAUAAUUUCUGGAUUGUCAAAGAUUUUCAUAAAUCCUACCUAAAUUUAAAAAAAAAUUAA